UUGUAAUGUACCCAUUAUAAAUAUCCCUUUAACGUUAUAAUUAUCAUUAUCAUUAGUAAACAUCUUUCAUUAUCAUUAGCAAACGUCUUAAAUUUAAUUUGUAUCAUCUACAUCCGGCAUGUUCAACUUUGUACCUAAUUACUUUACUAUCUCGAGUCCACUUUUAUUUGUACAUUCUUCCGCUUAUCGCCUUUCAUCCCUCUAUAUAUAAGAAAUCAUUUUUAUGUUAUAGGGCAGUCAGAAUAAGUUAGUUGUUACUGUACGACCUAAUGUCAAUUCCAAAUUCCAAAUUUUAAUAAAUUAUAGUAGUAGUUAGAAGUAAAGUGCUGGAGUUUCUCUUUCCCAUCACCGGACCAUCACAAAAUUGGUGUCAGAAGUGGGAUCGUAAUAGUGCGGUUGGAAAAUUUAUUUCAAAUUCAAUUUGAAAUUUCAAUCAGCAAGUUUGGGAAACUUCGAUUUGGGCUAUCGUCCAUCAUCCAGUGGUGCAACAUCCAGGUGACAAACGGCGAUAUUCAACCCCAGACGUGAAGGUUUUCGAAAAUCGUGUGGUCCAGUGUAACAUAAUGGGAUUCCAGCAGUUAUCUUCCCUUGUGUAAGUGAAUUUAUUUGUUUGAUGCCAACAACGAGAUCUAUGUCAAAACACAAAAAGGAAGCUACGACGAAUUUAGAAGGAGCUACCGCGUCUAAUCCACAUUCAAUCGGUUCAGAAGAAACUAACACGAUUGAUUCCGUUACGCCCAAUUCGGAUCAAAGUAGCCUCAAUAAUUUAAGUAUUCAAUCAUCUAGUAAUUUAAUUAACCCUAACUUAAAUCUCACCAACAUGUCGAUUUCACUAGAGUUAGCAGAAAAAAUGUUAAUUAAGUUUGAUGGAACCAAAUCAAUGUUGUUCGAAUUUAUAGAUAAUUGUGAUCAAGCUCAUAAUCUUGUUGGAGUUGCAAAUCAACCACUUUUACUUUCAAUUAUUAAAACCAAAUUAACGCAUAACGCGAGAACUUUAACACGUAAUAGAGAAUUUGCAAAUUGGAAACAAUUAAAGAAACAUUUACUAGAUUUGUAUUCAGAUAAACGUACAGUUGGUCAAUGGCAAUUGGAGUUAAAUUCCUGUCGGCAAAAUCACAAUGAAAGUGUCGUUUCUUUUUCAAAUCGUGUAGAAACAUGCUACGUAAAAUUAAUAAAUUCGUUAAGUGACAAUUUAACCGAAGAAGUACGCAACGGAAACAUUGAUUUACUGCAAAAUGAAGCUUUGAACGUUUUUAUCACGGGAUUAAAUAAAGAUUUGUCAAUUUUAGUUAAAGCUCAAAAACCGGAUACAUUAGAAAAAGCAAUCUCGAUCGCGAUUAACGAGGAACAGGAACUUAAAUCCAAAUACGAAAUUCAUAAAUAUCAAAACGUAAAUAAUAAUUCGUCAAGUAGAUUUUGUAAUUAUUGUAACAAAUCGGGUCAUAAUUCAUUUAAUUGUCGGAACAAAAAUCAACAACACAACCAGAACAAAAAUUUUAAUAAUGUUCACCGAAUUCAGAAUCACACACAUAUCAAUUCUCCAAGUACCAGUAAUUCCUCAAAAUUUAAUCGUAACAAUUUCCAUAAUAAUAAUUCUUCCUCUAAAAUCCAGCCAAGAUCUAACAAUGAUUUUCAAAGAAAAUUCUGUAAUUACUGCAAGAACAAUGGUCAUUUAAUUAACGAGUGUCGUAAAUUACAAUAUAACCAGUCGCGAAAGGAACAAAAUAAUAAUUCCCGCAUUAGAUCUUCAUCACAGUCCCUACAAAAUUCAAACGGCAGUAAUUUAAACUGCCCGGGCUCUUCGACGUUGGCGGAGAACUCGAGGACUGCCCACCAAAUUUCCGCCGAAUUGCAACAUUAAACAUUGCUGCUGUAACAAGUUAUAUUCCAUUAAAUAUUGCUCAAUUAAAAAAUCAUCCAGGUAAAUUCCUUUUAGAUACCGGUGCUGACAUUUCGCUUGUAAAAAUUUCUCAUCUUAAAGGUCAAACUCAUUGUUAUGAAGACAAUCUUAUCACUCUGAAGGGUAUUGAUAUAAACGUGACUCAGCAUACGAAAACAUUGUGCUAUACUUAUUUAGAUUUCUAUAUCGGCAAUCAGAAAUUUACACAUAUUUUUCAUGCAGUUCCCGAUAAUUUCCCGAUUCCUUUCGACGGUCUUUUAGGUAACGACUUUUUAAAAUCGUUCAACUGCCUAAUUGAUUAUCAAAAUGAUAAACUAUUUAUAAAUGAUAAACAUCUAGAUAUAUUCCAUUUAGAAUAUCCCAUACGUGCGCAAAUUCAACGCGAUUACAAAUCAAAAUUUUCACAAUCUAAUUCUAAUCCUCCAUUAAGUCAGAACAUUCCUGCUUACAAUGAAAAAUUUUCUU